CGUGUAAACAGUAAACAAUUCAAAAAGACUACAAUACUGAGUUAUAGAAUCUAGAUCUAGAUAUUGAUCUAGUUAUAAAUUAUAUAAUAGGAUGAGUUUUAGAGGGCGAGGUGGACGUGGUGGUGGAGGGGGUUUUCGUGGUGGUCGAGGAGGCGGUCGUGGUCGCGGAGGAGGUGGGUUUGGCAACAGAUGGCAAGAUCAAGGUCCGCCAGAGGAAGUAAUGGAAAUUGGGUACAUGACCCAUACAUGUGAAGAAGAUUUAGUUCUUAAAUGCACAAGUGACAAGGUUCCCUACUUCAACGCACCUAUUUAUCUAAAGAAUAAAGAGCAAAUAGGAAAAGUAGAUGAAAUCUUUGGACCUAUAAAAGAUUUUUUUUUUUCUGUGAAAUUAUCUGAAAAUAUGAAGGCAACCUCUUUUGAAAAGGCAGCUAAGUUUUACAUUGAUCCUGCAAAACUUUUACCACUAGCCAGGUUUUUAGCCAAACCUGCGGGUCCAAGAGGUGCUGGAAAGAGAGGAGGUGGUGGCAGAGGUGGCUUUGACAGAGGUAGAGGUGGACGGGGUGGAUUUGAUCGAGGCAGAGGGGGGCGUGGUGGAUUUGACAGAGGACGUGGUGGCAGGGGUGGAUUUGGUCGUGGUGGUGGUGACAGGGGAGGAAGGGGUGGCUUUAACAGGGGUGGAGGUAAUCGAGGAGGUUUCAACAGCAGCUUUGGUAAUAGAUAGUUUGUGGCUUUGGUAAUAAACAGUUUUGGAUGCAUGAUCAUGGUGUGAGUGUGUGUGAAUGUUAUAUUUUUAUGUACAUCAUACGUUUUUUUAAUGCUGAGCAAUCCUUCAAACAUACUUUGUUUCACAAGGGUGGCCAAAUUAUAAUUUUGUGACAUGUUACUGUUAAUUAAAUAUCUGAUAAGGAAUUUGUCUGGUAAUAGUUUUUAUCCUAGAUAACAGAUGUAUAAUGAUAUGAAAGAUUGGUUUUAAGUGAUUGUUAAAAUGCUUGUUCCAUUCAUUUGUAAAUACUCACAUUCAUAUUCCUGUCAUCUUGCAAGA